GUUUACUUCCGGGUUGGCUCUUUUUCUUCCUGUUGAUCUACUCUGCAGCUUUGAGCAGGAGGAACUCUUCACUCAAAGCUAGCCUGAUGAAGAUAGCUGCCUGAUAACGCGCAGGCGCAGAAGUAGUAGCAGUAACAGCAGCAGCGGUUUCCAGGGCAACGAUGAACAUCCUACCGAAGAAGAGCUGGCACGUGCGCAACAAGGACAACGUCGCGCGCGUGCGGAGGGACGAAGCGCAGGCGGCGGAAGAGGAGCGCGAGGCCCAGAGGCGCGUGGAGCGCGCGGAGCAGGAGGCCCGCACCGAGUAUCUGAGGAGGAAGUCCAGAGCUGCUCUCCAGGCGGCGGGAGGAGGACCAAGAGACGACGAAGAAGAAGAUGAACGCAGCGGAGGAAGUGGAGCUCUGCAGCAUCUCAACCUGUUUCCUCUGGAGGAGUCCUCGGAGAAGAAGGGAAACGAGGAGUACCUCCAAGAGAAGAAGGAGGAGAAGGAGAAGCAGGAACGAGCCAUCGGACUGCUGGUGUCUCUGGGACCUCAGCCGGGCUCGGAGGUGACGCCGUGGUACCUGAAAGGCAGCAAAGAGAAAGAGGAGAGGCCUGAUAAAGACAAGAGGAAGCUGGUGAGUGAAGAGGAGCGAGAGAAGAAGGAUCGCAGGCUGAAGGACAGUUUGGAUCCUUUAAAGGAUAUGAAGAAAGCUCUCGGAGUUAAAGACAGGAGGCAGCACAAGAAGAAGGAGAGACGAGACAAAGGAGAGAAGAGGAGCGCUGGAGAGAGCUCCAUAGAAAGGCUGCGAGCCGAGCGUCUGCAGAGGGAAGCCGAGGAGCGAAGGAGAGCGAAGGCUCUUCUGGAGCAGCGAAGCGGCAAAAGGAAGGAUCCCGGGGCCGAGUUAAAUGAACGGGAAAGGCCGUACAACAGCGCCUACUUCCCAGAGCUCGCCCGCAAGAGGCAGCGGAGGGAUCGGGACAGCUGGAGGGACGAGAUUCUGAAAUCUUGAGCCGCUUCUUCUGGUCUGCAAUCUCCGGUGGGUGGUUCAAUCCUCCAAACGCCGAAACACGCCGGCAGGUUUCAGAGUGGACAAACUGACGCCGUUCAUUAGCCAGAAACUGAACAAACAGACUCUGAACUUCCUGACUGUCCACGAACAUGUUGAUGUUUGAUGUGUGGUUCCGUGUGGAGAACAAAUCCUGGCUCACUAUCAGACAUUCAGAAAGCUAAAUAUGUUCUGCAGCUUUCACUAGACAGAGCGUGAUCACCUGGAGAAUCUAAUCCAGACCGGUAGUACACAUGAGCUGAUCCAGGUUUGUUCACCAGGUCUCAAGAAAUGUCAAGAGAACCAGAAGAAAGAGAAUAAAUGACACAGAGAAAGUGA